AAUGUGUUUCAUGACGUAAUGCAAGCAUUGAAUUGGGUUUGAAAGUAGUGUUUGAAUCGUGUAUUGCAGAGCAGUGUCUGUACUGAAGCGCACGUGCUUUGCAUUGAUUUAGUCAAACAUGUCGUGGCUUUUCGGGUACAACAGGACUGACCCCAACUCACAACUGCCACCAAUGGGUGUCCCCCCACCGGGUGCUGCUGGUGGUGGGGCCCCACCGGACGGUGCGGGUGGAGGUGUGGGUGGCAGUGACGGCAAGAUGAGGGCCUAUCAGUUCGACUCGUCGGCACUCGAGAGGGCGGCCAAAGCGGCCAAAGACUUGGAGGCCUCGAAGUUCGCGAAAGACGCUCUCGAUCUGUCCAAACUCCAGGAGACCACCAAACAGAUGGAUCUCCAGAAGCAGAUGAAGGAGUACGACAACCACUUGGAACAGAUGAAGAUGGAGUCCAGGAAAGUGGAGUACGAAGAGAAGCGCCGGAUGAUGGCCGAGGAGACCAAACAACACCAACAGAGGGCUCAAUAUCAGGACCAAUUGGCCCGAAGACGAUACGAAGACCAACUCAUUCAGCAGCAGAGGACUAAUGAGGAGAACCUCCGAAAACAAGAGGAAUCGGUGGCCAAACAGGAGGCGCUCAGACGCAAGACUUUGGAGCAGGAGAUGGAGUUGAGGGCUAAGAGCGAUAUGAAGAGGAUUGAGGCCGAGAUGAAGGGCAGGGCUAUCCUCGAGAGGGAGAAUCGGGACAUAUAUUUGGAACAAAUCAAACUAAAGGCCGCCGAAGAGAGGGUGACUGUCAUUGAAUCCAUCAAAACCGCGGGACAAGUGAUUGGAACCGGUUUUAAGAACUUCAUCUCCGACUGGGACCGCGUGUCCGCCACUGCUGUCGGUCUCACUCUAAUCGCUGGAGGAAUAUAUUCAGCCAAACAUGGAAUCAAUAUAAUCGGCCGAACCAUUGAAUCGCGAAUCGGAAAGCCAUCGCUUGUGAGGGACACCUCGAGACUCAACUUCUUAGAUAUUCUCAAACAUCCCGUCCAUACGACUAAACGCUUUUAUUUGAGUCGUAGACCUGAAGACGCCCUCAAAGGCGUUAUUUUGAAACCAGAUCUGGAAGAACGGCUCCGGGAUGUGGCCAUCGCCACGAAGAACACUAAGAAAAACAAAGGGUUGUAUCGGAAUAUCCUGUUUUACGGUCCGCCCGGAACUGGAAAGACAAUGUUUGCCAAACGGUUAGCACAACAUUCAGGUAUGGAUUACGCGAUUCUCAGCGGAGGAGACGUGACUCCAAUGGGUCGCGAAGGGGUCACAGCUAUACACAAGACAUUCAAUUGGGCGAACACUUCCCGAAGAGGUCUUCUGCUAUUCAUCGACGAAGCGGACGCUUUCCUACGAAAAAGAAGUUCCGAAAUAAUGAGUGAAGACUUGAGGGCAACGCUCAAUGCCUUCCUCUACAGGACUGGCGAACAGUCCAACAAAUUCAUGUUAGUGUUGGCCAGCAAUACACCGGAACAGUUUGAUUGGGCCAUCAAUGACAGACUUGACGAACUCGUGGCCUUCGAGUUACCCGAACUCCAGGAGCGCCAACGGCUGGUUCGGCUCUAUUUCGACCAAUUCGUGUUACAACCGGCCGCUCAGGGAAAGAGGCGACUAAAAUUAGAUAAAUUUGAUUACAACGAGACGUGCGAUAAAAUCGCUCAACUUGUCGAAGGACUGUCCGGUCGAGAAAUAUCCAAAUUGGGAGUGGCCUGGCAGGCGAGUGCCUACGCCUCACACGAUGGGGUACUGACGGAACAGAUGGUGAUGGAGAGGGUGUGGGAGGCCAUAGAGCAGCACAAACACAAGAUGGAGUGGCAGGCCGAUGAAGAGCGCACCAAACGGGUCCUCUCAGUCAAACACAAGUCGGUCUCUCAGGCCCUCAUUUGAUGCAAGUGUUGAAUAGUUGUGUGUCGUGGGGGUCGGUGUCGUCAAUGACCGCCUCAUCCCACGGGCCGUAAAUGUUUCUGAAUUGUAUAUAAAGUUUAGUUAUUUUUAUAUAAGUAAUAGUCAUAUAUUCGAAGACAUACUCCUUGUACUUCUGGCACCGGUAGAAACCGAGUGGACAUAUGAAUGUAAUGCAUACUAGAAGUAGAAUAAACAACAGUAGAUAUACCAGUGGACAGGCAGUGGACAGUAGUGUGAAUGAAGUGCUCCAAUAAAAUAAAGUCAAAC